AUGUCGUAUUUGAACAAUCGUGUCGGCAACGGCGGUCCCAGCGGCAGCAAAGCGGUUCGCCCCCAGAACUACGUACCCGGACUCGGGCGCGGGGCUGCCGGAUUUACAACGCGCUCCGAUGUCGGGCCCGCAGCGAACGUUGCCCUUACGGCCGAAUCCACGGGAGGCAGUCGGGCAGCGGAUGCACGCGCUGCCAAACUGCAAGCCCAAAAGCAGAAGGGUCUCUUUGGAGAUGCGCCUCAGAAUUACGUACCGGGAGCGGGACGGGGUGCGGGCAGCAUGGGUGCAGCGGGGACCGGGGGGCCUGCCACGGCGACAGUGGGUUCCUACGACGCCUUUGGCGGCUAUCAGGAACGCCCAGUGAACGAAGUUCCGGGACAGUACGACGAAGAUGAUGACGAAGCGGAUCGUAUUUGGGCUGCCAUUGACGAACGUGUGCAGAGCAGGAAACGAAAGUCCCAACAGCGAAAAGAGGAAACCGUAGCAACGUCCGCCGAGACGGACAAUGCUCGUGUACGGAUAGGAUCGCAAUUCAGAGAGCUCAAAGAGAAACUGAAAGAUGUUUCGGAAGACCAGUGGGCAGCUAUUCCCGACGUGGGGGAUCACAGCAUCAAGUACAAGAGACAAAGGCAGCAACAAAACGAAAUGUUUACUCCGCUCUCCGAUACCCUACUAGAGCAGAGGAAUCAAGCCAAUCUUGACGCAACUGCGGGCAACACAGCCUUGGCCGGGACUACUACAGCCGCUGAUGGCAUCCACACCACGGGAGUAACUACGACCAUGGCCAACAUGUCGGGAUUGAGUGCCGCGCGGGGUACCGUCUUGGGCAUGAGUCUCGAUAAAAUGUCUGACUCCGUAUCCGGUCAAACCAACGUGGAUCCUCAAGGCUACCUGACGUCGCUCGGCAGUAGCACUACAGCCCUCAACAACGCUUCACAAGUGGCUGAUAUUCAUAAAGCUCGACUGCUGCUGAAAUCGGUUCGUGAUACCAAUCCACAGCAUGGACCUGGCUGGAUUGCCUCUGCCCGCGUAGAAGAAACGGCAGGAAAGCUUCUGCAAGCCCGUAAGAUUAUUCAGGAAGGAACCCGUGUUUGCCCCGACAAUGAGGACGUUUGGCUUGAAGCCGCCCGUCUGCAUCCAAUUCCCGUAGCCAAAUCCAUUUUGGCGACAGCCGUCCGGAGAAUACCUACAUCGAUACAAAUCUUUUUGAAAGCUGCUUCCUUGGAAACGGCCGACUCCGCCAAGAAAGCUGUCCUGCGCAAGGCUCUCGAAGCCAACCCAACCUCCACACUGCUCUGGAAGGCUGCGAUUGACUUGGAGGAGGCCGACGAUGCCCGAGUACUAUUAGCGGUCGCUGUCGAAAAGGUUCCGCAAGACGUCGAUUUAUGGCUUGCCUUGGCACGCCUCGAAACAUAUCAGAGCGCUCAAAAGGUGCUGAACAAAGCCCGCAAAGCCUUACCAUCCGAUCGCUCGGUCUGGCUGGCAGCGGCCAAGCUGGAAGAAUCGCAAGAUCACGUUGAUACGGUAUCCAAGAUUGUCGAUCGAGCCGUACGGUCGCUUCGGAAACAAGACGCCGUUAUAUCGCGAGAACAAUGGUUAGAGGAAGCCGAGAAGGCGGAAUCGGCCGACGCACCGAUCACAAGUGCGGCAAUCAUACACCAUACGAUUGGUCAAGACGUGGAAGAAGAGGAUUGUCUGCGUACCUGGUCGGAAGACGCCAAAGCUUGUGUUGCCCGGGGUUCCGUCGUGACGGCACGGUCUAUUCUCGCGCACGCGUUGCGAGUGUUUCCGAGCAAGCGUGUUUUGUGGAUGCAAGCGGUAGAAUUGGAACGCCAGCAUGGGACAGCGGUAACACUAGAAGAGCGUUUACGGGAUGCCACACAUGCUUUACCGCGGGUGGAGAUUUUCUGGUUAUUGCGCGCGAAGGAGCAAUGGAUGGCGGGCAAGGUCGACGAGGCACGUCAGAUCCUGACGGACGCCUUUGCGGCCAACCCGGAUUCUGAGUCGGUCUGGUUGGCGGCGGCCAAGCUGGAGUGGGAAAACGACGAACUGGAGCGAGCGCGAGUCCUGUUCGCUCGGGCGCGUGAACGAGCACCGACGGCCCGCGUAUACAUGAAAUCGGCGAUUCUGGAACGGGAGCAAAAGUGUUUCGGGGAUGCGCUGAAGCUGGUAGAAGAAGGAAUCGAAAAGUAUCCCAAAUUUGCCAAGCUGUACAUGAUCGGGGGACAGAUUUACGCGGACGACAUGCCGAAGCACAAGGGAAGCUUGGAUCGAGCGCGCAAGUUUUAUCAGCGAGGACUGGAAGCUUGUUUGGAGAACGUGACGCUCUGGAAGUUGGCGAGUCGGUUAGAAGAAUCGGCGUGGCGGUUCGACGCAAAGGAUGCGGCUGGGGAAUCCGACAAGGCUGUGAGCAACGGGAACGUUGUAGCCAAACCUGGAGCUGCGGGUGCUACCAAAGCGCGCAGUCUUUUGGAAUUGGCCCGUCUGAAGAAUCCCAAAAACGCGGAAUUGUGGUUAGAAGCCGUCCGGUUAGAGCGUCGGAACGGGAGUCUCCGCAUUUCCGAAAGUUUGCUGGCGAAAGCGUUGCAGGAAUGUCCGACUUCGGGAAUGCUGUUGGCCGAAACGAUUUGGACAGCGCCGCGCGCGACUCAAAAGUCGAAAUCGGCAGACGCCAUUCAACUGUGUCCGGACGACCCGCAGGUAAUUGUGGCCGUGGCGAGCCUAUUUGCGUCGGAACGCAAGCACGAAAAGGCGCGGAAGUGGUUCGAUCGCGCUGUAACACUGAAUCCGGAUCUCGGUGACUCGUGGGUCCGUUACUACGUGUUUGAACUGCAAUGGGGGACUGUGGAGCAGCAAGGGGCCGUGAAAGAACGAUGUAUUGCGGCGGAACCCAAACACGGCGAGUUGUGGGCAUCUACGAGAAAGGAGGUAACCCGACGACACGAGUCGAUCGGAGAAGGUCUCGAGGUGGCCGCCCAGAAGCUUCGCAACGCGCAGGAAAGCGAGAAUCCCUCCGUUAUGCUCUAAUGGAGUAGCAAAGCGUUUCCCUUAGUGUAUGUCCCUGUGGCUAUUUUCCAGUUACUAGUGUAUGAGGUACAGUU